UCUCCCCUUCUCCCUUCCGUCUUCCUCCCCAAUCCUCCGGGCCCCCGUCCAAGAAACGCCUCCGCGGUUCCACGCCGCAAUCCUCCCUGAAAAAUCUUUGCGAGAGGUUUCGAUCCUCGAAACCGCCCAGGGCCCGCCCCGCGAGUGCAUGGCAGUGAGCCUCCUGGCCAAUGAGGUGUCGGACCUGUGCAUCGGCAAGCCGGCCGUGAGGUCGCUCCCGCUCUCCGCCGCCGCCGGCGAACUCGCCGCCGCGCUCCGGAGGGUGGCCCGCUCUGGCGCCGCAGCCUGCGUCGCGGUGACCGGACCUGCGCGCGCCGUCGUCGGCCGGGUCGGCCUCGCGGACGUGCUCUGUUUCCUCUGCACCGAGCCCGAGGCGCUCGCCCGCCCAGCCGCCGCGCUCGCCAAGCCGGUCUCCGCGAUCCUGCCCAAGGACGGCGCCGGAGAGGUCCGCCGCGUCGAUCCCCGCUCGAGUAUCUUGGAGGCCCUUGAUGCGGUCCUGAGCGGAGCGCAGGUGCUCGCCGUCCCUCUCCGCGCUGGCGGCCGCAAGAAGCAGCUCGCCGGCGGCGCCGCCGCCGCCGACUUCUGCUGGCUCACGCAGGAGGACCUCGUGCGCUACUUCCUCAACUCCAUCGGCCUCUUCUACCAUGUCGCCGCGCGCUCCGUGUCCUCCCUCGGCCUCGUGCGCACCGACUUCCUCUCGGUGCGCCCCGGCGAGUCGGCCCUGUCCGCCGUGCCCCUCAUCCGCCGCGCCGUCGCCACGGAAACCGCGGUCGCCGUGGUCACCGAGGACGGCCACCUCGUCGGCGAGAUCUCCCCAGCCCUCCUCGCGGCCUGCGACGAGACGGCGGCCGCGGCCAUCGCCACGCUCUCGGUGGCGGACCUCAUGGCCUACGCUGACUACUUCGGGUCGCCGCCAGAGCAUAUCCUGCGCGCGGUUAAGGCCGGGCUGAAGGACAAGGGCCUCGACGCCAUGCUUGAUCUGAUCGAGGACGAGACGCUGUCGUCGUUCUCCCCCCUCUCCGCCUCCUCGUCCUCCGACGAGGAGACCGGCCGGGCGCAGCUGAGGCGCCCGUCGUCGGGGAGCUACGGGCGCCGGUCGGCCGAGGAGCCUGUGGUGUGCAGCCCCGCGAGCUCGCUGGUGGCCGUGAUGGUGCAGGCGCUCGCUCACCGUGUGAGCUACGUGUGGGUGCUCGACGAGGACGACGACUGCCGCCUCGCCGGGAUAGUCACGUUCGCGGACGUGCUGAGGGUGUUCCGGGAGCAGCUGCAGUGAGCGGCGGAGAAACUCCCGAGUUUUGCAGAGAUCUGAAGAGGGCGUGCUGUUCCCUCGUUAGCAUCUUGUGGUGGAUCGAAAUGGGGAUGAACAUUCACAUGAACUGUUGUCUCUGUAUCAAGUGCCUUUGUUUCUGAAACAUCUUUUGGUUUGAAGUUGAGACAUUGUGGAGCACUAUGUGUUUGCUUGGUGCCACUAAAAAUUUGGACCCUGGUAUUGCUUUAAUUAAGUCUAUU